AUUUAAUUAAAAUACAAUCAAUGAUACACUGCGAUAACUAUAUCUGUUUCGAGAAGAUAGGAAUCGGAUGCUCCUGCAUCGUCUUCCACGCUUACCAUAAGGAAACUAAGGAAGAAGUGGCGAUUAAGUUGAUUAAUAAGGAUAGGUUUCCGUCCCUUAAGCUGUCCCCCUUCAAUAACGAGAUUAGUAUGUUAAAGUCCCUCAAACAUCCUAAUGUAGUCAGCCUUGUCUCAUUCUCUGACUCUGUUGCAUGAGUAAACAGUAGUAAUGAGCGACUGCAGAUGUCAUAUUUGGGUUUGGAAUUCUUGUCCCAAGGGGAUCUUUUCCUCUACAUCUCUAAAACUGGUCCAUUUUGAGAGAAAUUCUCAAGGUUUCUUUUCCACCAAUUACUAGAAGGGCUUGAGUAUAUUCACUCAAACCAAGUCUUUCAUAAGGAUAUUAAGCCGGAAAAUUUAAUGUUUGAUCUUGAAUUUACUUUAAAAAUAGUAGAUUUUGGGUUAGCGACCACUGAGGAGUUCACCAGAUCAACAUCAGGAACAGUCCCAUACAUGCUACCAGAGAUAUUUCGAAAAGACGAAUAUGAAUCAAGCUCUGCAGACCUGUUUGCUGCAGGAGUUGUUCUAUUCAAUAUGGUCACCAGUCAGUCCCCCUUCUUGAGCGCAACUCCUCAUGACCAGCUGUACAAACUGCUGGGCACUGGAAACCAUGGAUAUUUCUGGAGUGUUCAUGAGAAAAUGAAUCAAAAACAAGACAUUUUCUCAGAAGAGUUAAAAAGCCUCUUAAACUUGAUGCUUUCAGCUAAUCCUUUUGAGAGGCCCUGAAUUGAAGAGAUCAAGGCAUCAGAUUGGUACAAAGGAAGCCUGCCAUCUAAGGAAGAAUUCCGCCAAGAGAUGGCGUAUAGGAGUAAGCUCCUUUCCAAUUCUGAUAGUUUUGAAAAUGAUCCUCGUAGCACUAUCGAGGACUAAUCUCUUUAAUUCUCCUUAAUUUCAAGCUGUUU